AAAGGGAGCUGGGCAGCUCAUCCCCCUCCCCCUCGGCGAGACGGUGGUGGCUGAGGGGGCGGAAGCGGCGGUAACGGCAGGAGCCGACGCGGGAGGGGAUGGUGCGUCUCGUGGAGACGGUGGCCUUUGCCGCUGCCUCCCCGUCCUUGCCUUGGGUGUGAAAGGGACGCCCGACCCUCGACAGAUAUGAGGCAUCGAAUAGCAAGUGGAAGUUGACUGAACCAUGGCUCAAUUUCCAACACCUUUUGGGGGCAACCUGGACAUCUGGGCUAUAACUGUGGAUGAGAGAGCUAAGCAUGAUCAACAGUUCCACAGUUUGAAACCAGUAUCUGGAUUUAUCACUGGGGAUCAAGCUAGGAACUUUUUUUUCCAGUCUGGGUUACCUCAACCAGUUUUAGCACAGAUAUGGGCUCUUGCAGAUAUGAACAAUGAUGGAAGGAUGGAUCAGCUAGAGUUUUCUAUAGCUAUGAAGCUUAUCAAACUAAAACUGCAAGGUUAUCAGCUCCCUUCUACAUUGCCUCCUAUUAUGAAACAGCCUCCCCUUGCCAUUUCUAGUGCACCAGGAUUUGGGAUUGGUGGUCUUCCCAGUAUGCCACCUCUUACAGCUGUUGCUCCUGUGCCAAUGGCAUCCAUUCCUGUAGUGGGAAUGUCUCCACCUUUAGUAUCUUCUGUUCCUACGGCAGCUGUACCCCCUCUUGCCAAUGGAGCGCCUGCUGUUAUCCAGCCUCUGCCUGCUUUUGGUCAUCCUGCCACAUUGCCAAAGAGUUCUUCCUUCAGUAGAUCUGGUGCAGGGUCUCAGUUAAAUGCAAAAUUGCAAAAGGCACAAUCUUUUGAUGUUCCUGGUACAUCUCCUGCAGCAGAAUGGGCUGUUCCACAGUCAUCAAGAUUGAAAUAUAGGCAGCUGUUCAAUAGCCAUGAUAAAACAAUGAGUGGACACUUAACAGGUCCACAAGCAAGAACUAUUCUUAUGCAAUCAAGCUUACCACAAACCCAGUUGGCUACAAUUUGGAAUCUUUCAGAUAUUGACCAGGAUGGAAAACUGACCGCAGAAGAAUUCAUUUUGGCUAUGCACUUAAUCGACAUGGCUAUGUCAGGCCAGCCACUGCCACCUGUGUUGUCUCCGGACUAUAUUCCUCCCUCAUUUAGAAGAGUUCGUUCUAGCAGUGGGGUAUCUGUCACAAGCUCAGUGUCUGUAGACCAAAGGUUACCAGAAGAACCAGUAUUAGAAGAAGAACAGCAACAGCUGGAAAAGAAAUUGCCUGUUACAUUUGAAGAUAAAAAACGUGAGAACUUUGAACGGGGCAACCUGGAGCUUGAAAAGCGGAGACAAGCCCUUUUGGAACAGCAGAGAAAAGAGCAAGAGCGCCUUGCUCAGUUAGAAAGGGCAGAGCAGGAACGGAAGGAACGUGAACGACAGGAACAGGAGCGGAAAAGACAGCUGGAGUUAGAGAAACAGCUAGAAAAACAACGCGAGUUGGAACGUCAAAGGGAAGAAGAAAGGAGGAAAGAAAUAGAAAGGCGUGAGGCUGCAAAAAGGGAACUUGAGAGGCAAAGACAACUAGAGUGGGAACGCAAUCGCCGGCAAGAACUCCUGAAUCAAAGGAACAAAGAACAAGAGGAUAUAGUUGUUCUGAAAGCCAAGAAAAAAACUUUAGAAUUCGAAUUGGAAGCUCUAAAUGAUAAAAAGCAUCAACUGGAAGGUAAACUUCAGGAUAUCAGGUGUCGAUUAUCUACCCAAAGACAAGAGAUUGAGAGUACAAACAAAUCUAGAGAGCUAAGAAUAGCAGAAAUUACACAUUUGCAACAGCAGUUACAAGAAUCUCAGCAAAUGCUUGGAAGGCUAAUUCCAGAAAAACAGUUACUUAAUGAUCAUUUAAAACAGGUUCAACAGAAUAGUUUGCACAGAGAUUCACUUCUCACUGUCAAAAGAGCCUUAGAAGUGAAGGAAUUAGCACGCCAGCAGCUUCGUGACCAGUUAGAUGAAGUAGAGAAAGACACCAGAUCAAAACUUCAAGAGAUUGAUAUAUUCAAUAAUCAGCUAAAGGAGCUGAGGGAAAUACAUAAUAAGCAGCAGCUGCAGAAGCAAAAAAGCAUAGAAGCUGACAAGCUAAAACAAAAGGAGCAUGAGAAAAAGACAGAACUGGAAAAACAAAAAGAUAGUCAGAGAAGAAUCCAAGAACGGGAGAGACAGUGGCUUGAUAGAAUACAGCAGGAAGAAGAACACCAGAGGCCAAGAAAAAUUCAAGAAGAAGAAAAGCAAAAAUGGGAAGAAUUAAGUAAGAAGAAGGAACACGAAGACAAGAACAAACAGGAAGUACAAGAAAAACUGAAUAAGCUUUUUCAUCAGCAUAAAGAUCCAGCAAAGCUGGCUAUCCAAGCUCCUUGGUCAAGUGCAGAAAAGGCUCCACUAACAAUUUCUGCUCAGGAAGAUGUAAAAAUAGUAUAUUAUCGAGCACUGUAUCCUUUUGAAUCCCGAAGCCAUGAUGAAAUCACUAUCCAGCCAGGAGACAUCAUCAUGGUAAGAAAAGAAUUGUCUGUUUCCUGCUAUCAUUGCUUUCCACAAGUGG